AUGCUACAUCACAUGGUGCUGUUGCCCCUGGCCCUCUAUGGCGCCGGACUAGCCGGGGCCACCCCCCUCUCAGAGCAGCCGUCGUCGUCGUCGUCGUCAAGGCUACGCGGGGUGGAGGCCAUCGACGUGCGCGCCCUGCCCAACUCACCGUCCGGCCGCUACGCGCCCAAGGCCGUAGACUGCCCGGCGCAGAAGCCCACCAUCCGCAGCGCCGCGACGCUGUCCAAGUCAGAGACCGACUGGCUGAAGCUGCGGCGCAAUGCCACCGUCGACCCCAUGGCCGACCUGCUGAAGCGGGCCAACAUUCCCGACUUUGACGCCGCGGCUUACAUCCGCCGGGUCGCCGGGAACGUGUCACAGCUGCCCAACAUUGCCAUCGCCGCGUCCGGCGGCGGCUACAGGGCGUUGCUGAACGGCGGCGGCUUCCUCGCUGCUGCAGACAGCAGGACGCCGGGGUCAACCGGCAAGGGUGGCAUUGGCGGCCUGCUGCAGGCCUCGACCUAUCUGGCCGGCCUGUCUGGAGGCGGUUGGCUUGUCGGCUCCCUGUACUCCAACAACUUCUCGUCUGUCGUCCAGCUGCGCGAUGGUAGCCCAGACUCUAGUGUUUGGAAGUUUGACCGGUCGAUCUUCCAGGGUCCUUCUAAGAGCACCGGUUUUUCGAUCCUUAACACGGCCAAGUACUGGAGUAAUGUUGCCGACGCCGUCUCUACCAAGGACGACGCCGGCUUCAACGUUUCUAUCACGGACUUCUGGGGCAGAGCUCUGUCAUAUCAGCUCAUCAACGACACCGACGGCGGGCCGGCCUACACCUUCUCCUCCUUCGCCGACUCGGACUCGUUCAAGCAGGGCCAACAGCCCUUCCCCAUCCUGGUCGCCGACGGGAGGGCGCCCAACACGCAGAUCAUCUCGUUGAACUCGACCGUCUACGAGUUCAACGUGUUUGAGAUGGGCUCGUGGGACCCCUCCACCUUCGGAUUCGCGCCGACCGAGUACCUAGGUUCCAACUUCUCCAACGGGCAGAUCGAGCAGAACGGCCACUGCGUCAGGGGCUUCGACCAGGCGGGCUACGUCAUGGGCACCUCGAGCUCGCUGUUCAACCAGUUCCUGCUGCAGGACAUCAACAGCGUCCCCGACGUGCCCAAGUUCGUCCUCGACGCCGUGACCAAGGUCUUCAAGGGCCUCGGCGAGGACAGCAACGACAUCGCCCAGUACCAGCCGAACCCCUUCCUCGACUACAACCCGUCGACCAACCCCUCGGCCAGGUCGCAGGAGCUGUCGCUCGUCGACGGCGGCGAGGACCUGCAGAACAUCCCCCUGCACCCGCUCAUCCAGCCCGUCCGCGGCGUCGACGUCAUCUUCGCCGUCGACAGCUCCGCCGACGUCAACAACUGGCCCAACGGCACCGCCCUGCGCGCCACCUACGACCGCUCCAAGGGCCAGAUCGCCAACGGCACCCUCUUCCCGCCCGUGCCCGACGAGCACACCUUCAUCAACCAGGGCCUCAACCGGCGCCCGACCUUCUUCGGCUGCGACGUGCGCAACUUCACCCUCCGCGCCGGCCAGGUCGCGCCGCCCCUCGUCGUCUACGUGCCCAACGCGCCGUACACCACGCUCAGCAACGUCACCACCUUCCAGCCGAGCUACACAAAGACGCAGAGCAACGACAUCAUCCGCAACGGCUACGACUCGGCGACGCAGGGCAACGCCACUGUCAAUCCAGACUGGCCCGUCUGUCUGUCGUGCGCGAUCCUGAACCGCAGCUUCGGCAAGACCAACACGACCGUGCCAAAGGCGUGCGCCGACUGCUUCACCAAGUACUGCUGGAACGGUGUGCUCGAUACGAAAGACAACGGCCCCUACUAUCCCCAGUUUAUCAUCGGCAAUCAGACGACCAAGGAGAAUGCAGCCGUGGGUAGAGCGACGGCUGGUUCAGCUUCGGUUCUGACGCUGGCAGUUGGUCUCGCGGUUUUGUCUGUGCUUUAA